UUUUGACGUUUUGCCUGUUUCAGAAAAAUCUUCGUAAAUUGUACUCACAGUACGGUUUUGUUGUGUGUCGCAAACUUAAAUAAAUAUAAAUUUUUUGCAAACUCGCCCACCACAAGAUAUUAAUUGUCGUUGUCUACUAGACCUGUCUUUUACACCUAGAAAGGGAUGCCAUCAGUAUAGUUCCGUUUGAAACUCAAAUCUAAGGCAUAACAGAGUGCUAGUACCGAUGCUCUAGAUUUUUAACGCAGCGAGCAGAAGCCACAGCCGCCAUGUCGUCGGUGAAGGUGGCGGUAAGGGUCCGCCCCUUCAACUCGCGAGAGAUCGCCAGGGAAUGCAAAUGCAUCAUAGAGAUGUCCGGCAACACCACAAUUAUACAAAAUCCAAAAGCACCACCCGGCACCAAGGACAGCGCUAAGAGCUUCAACUUUGAUUUUUCAUAUUGGUCACACAACCCAAAUGAUCCGGAAUUCUCCUCCCAAAUUAUGGUCUACAAGGACAUCGGAGAGGAGAUGUUACAACAUGCUUUCGAUGGGUACAAUAUUUGCAUAUUCGCAUACGGCCAGACGGGUGCCGGCAAAUCGUAUACAAUGAUGGGUCGUGGCGAAGACGGGCAAGAAGGUAUCAUCCCACAAAUAUGCAAGGACCUGUUCCGCCGUAUCCGACAGACUACCGCCGAUGAUCUCAAAUACUCGGUGGAAGUGUCCUAUAUGGAGAUAUAUUGCGAGCGUGUGCGUGACUUGCUCAAUCCAAAGAACAAAGGUAACCUACGUGUCCGCGAACACCCCGCCCUCGGACCCUACGUGGAGGAUCUGAGUAAACUCGCGGUCACUUCCUACCAGGAUAUAUACGACCUUAUUGAUGAAGGCAAUAAGGCUAGGACGGUAGCAGCUACCAACAUGAACGAGACCUCGUCCCGUUCUCACGCCGUGUUCACCAUAUUCUUCACACAGCAGCGACACGACAAAACCACGGAUCUCAUGUCUGAAAAGGUGUCAAAAAUAUCUCUGGUGGACUUGGCUGGCUCUGAGCGAGCCGACUCCACUGGUGCUAAGGGCACACGGCUAAAAGAGGGAGCCAACAUCAACAAGUCCCUCACAACGCUCGGGAAGGUCAUUUCAGCUUUAGCUGAAAUCGCUUCGAAGAAUAAAAAGUCCAAGAAAGCCGACUUCAUUCCGUACCGUGACUCGGUGCUGACAUGGCUGCUGCGCGAGAAUUUGGGCGGGAACUCGAAGACCGCCAUGAUUGCGGCCAUCUCGCCGGCAGACAUCAAUUUCGACGAGACGCUCAGCACGCUCAGAUAUGCAGACCGCGCCAAACAGAUCGUAUGCAAAGCGGUCGUCAAUGAAGACGCCAACGCUAAACUCAUCCGCGAACUCAAAGAAGAGAUACUCAAACUGCGCGAACUACUCAAGGCGGAAGGAAUCGAAGUCGAAGAAGGACCAGACGGUAGAGUCGUUUAUGAAAAGAAAGAACCGCCUAUCACAGAGGCGUCGUCGCCGGUACGCAAGAAGAGCGAGGCUGAAGUACUCUCGCCGAAGCUGUCGCGGGCGGCCACCACCAUAGCCGAGGAGGCGGUCGACCAGCUGCAGGCCUCUGAGAAACUUAUUGCUGAACUGAACGAGACAUGGGAGGAAAAGUUAAAGCGUACAGAGCAAAUCCGCGUGCAACGCGAAGCCGUCUUCGCUGAGAUGGGAGUCGCCGUGAAAGAAGGUAUCACCGUGGGAGUCUACUCCCCAAAGAAGACGCCUCAUCUCGUCAACCUGAACGAAGAUCCUAAUCUAUCCGAAUGUCUCAUCUACUACAUCAAGGAUGGUGUAACUCGACUGGGCACCUCCGAGGCGAACGUGCCACAAGACAUCCAGCUGUCCGGUUCACACAUCCUCAGUGAGCAUUGUAUCUUCGAGAACACUGACGGCGUUAUCUGCCUCAUCCCGCACCGUGGCGCCCUCGUCUAUGUCAACGGACGAGAGGUCGCCGAGCCAAUAAUUCUGAAGACCGGCUCCCGUGUGAUCCUGGGCAAAAACCACGUGUUCCGUUUCACCCACCCUGGUCAACGCCAUGAGGAGGCCGUGUCCAACAAGGAACUCACUGACACUCCGGGCACUGGCGAGAUCGAAGCAAGCAACACCGAAAAUGUGGACUGGGACUUCGCUCAAUGCGAACUGCUAGAAAAACAGGGUAUUGAUCUGAAAGCUGAAAUGCAGAAGCGGCUCCUUGCCCUCGAGGAACAGUUCCGCAGAGAGAAGGAACACGCUGAUCAGCAGUUUGAGGAGCAGCGAAAGAACUAUGAGGCCCGUAUCGACGCCCUACAACGUCAAGUAGAGGAGCAGAGUGUCACCAUGUCAAUGUACAGCUCCUACACACCAGAAGACUUCCAUAACGACGAGGACAUAUUCGUGAAUCCUCUGUUUGAGACAGAGUGUUGGUCGGCGCGCGAAGUGGGACUGGCCGCGUGGGCGUUCCGCAAGUGGAAGUAUCACCAGUUCACAUCGCUCCGGGACGACCUCUGGGGGAACGCUAUAUUCCUUAAGGAAGCCAACGCGAUCUCCGUAGAGCUGCGCAAGAAGGUGCAAUUCCAGUUCACCCUGCUGACCGACACGCCGUACUCGCCGCUGCCGGCGGAGCUGGCGCCUCGCGACGACGCCGACGAUGAGUACCGACCCUGCCCGCCUACCGUCGUCGCCGUCGAGGUCACCGACACCAAAAAUGGCGCUACGCAUUACUGGACACUCGAGAAGCUACGCCACCGGCUGGAGCUAAUGCGUCAGAUUUACAACAUGAACGAGAGCGCGUACGCGGAGGAAGAGGAGCAGCCACCGCUGGUGCUGGCGCCGCCGCCCGCUGUCGCCUCCGCCUCCGCCUCCGCGACCUCCGCCGCCGCCGCGGCUCAGUCGCCCGACAUACUGCAGUGUAUUUCCGCGUGCGCGCAGCAGACGCGCUUGUCGCUAGCCAACCUGCUGCCGUCGAGGCAACGUCUGGAGCUGAUGCGCGAGAUGUAUCACAACGAGGCCGAGCUGUCGCCGACAUCCCCCGACCACAACAUCGAGUCGGUGACCGGCGGUGACCCCUUCUAUGAUAGAUUCCCAUGGUUCCGUAUGGUUGGACGGAGCUUCGUGUACCUGUCGAACCUGCUGUACCCGGUUCCACUCAUUCACAAGGUGGCUAUAGUGAACGAGAAAGGAGACGUGAAAGGCUACCUCCGCGUGGCCGUGCAGGCGGUCAUCGACGCUGAGAAAAAUAAUGCAGAAUUCGCUGCCGGCGUGAAGCAGUCGGCGAAGAUUUCCUUCGACGACGACGUGGCGCCGACUCGCUCGCGGCUCAAGGCACUCACCAAUGUCGAGAAGAACAACGCGAUCAACCUGGAGGAUCGUAUCGCCGAUCAACAGGACUCCAACAUCAAAAUCGAAGAGCUGGCGGUGGGCGAGUGCGACGCAGACAGUGGGCGCGGUGACAGCUCAUUGGCAUCUGAGCUGAAGGAAGAGGAACUGCCUGAGCACCUGGCGCCGGGCCGCGAGUUCACCUUCCGCGUCACCGUGCUGCAGGCGCACAGCAUCUCCACCGACUACGCGGACGUCUUCUGCCAGUUCAAUUUCCUGCAUCGCAACGAAGAUGCUUUCUCGACAGAGCCUGUCAAAAACACCGGAAAGAAUUCACCUCUCGGAUUCUAUCACGUACAAAAUAUCACGGUACCUGUAACGAAAUCAUUUGUCGAGUACAUUAAAACGCAACCGAUCGUUUUCGAAGUAUUUGGACAUUACCAGCAGCAUCCACUACACAAGGUAAGUGACGCGAAGCAGGACGGGCCGGUGGGCGGGCGCACGCCGCCGCGGCGCAUGCUGCCGCCGUCGAUCCCGAUCUCGGCGCCGGUGCGCAGCCCCAAGUGGGGCGCCGCCAGCGUGGCGCCGCCCUGCUGCUCCUCGCACCUGCACUCCAAGCACGACCUGCUCGUCUGGUUCGAGAUCUGCGAGCUCGCGCCCAGCGGCGACUACGUGCCGGCGGUGGUGGAACACAGCGAUGAGCUGCCAUGCCGGGGGCUGUUCCUGUUACACCAAGGCAUCCAGCGCCGCAUCCGCAUCACCAUCUUGCACGAGCCCUCCUCUGACCUUCAGUGGAGCGAUGUGCGGGAACUAGUCGUUGGCCGUAUCCGUAACACGCCGGAGGCCAACGAGGACACAUCCGACGGCGACGAGGACGGCGCACUCUCGCUCGGCCUAUUCCCAGGCGAACGGCCCACGCUCGACGACAGAGCCGUCUUCAGGUUUGAAGCCGCUUGGGACAGUAGCUUACACGGUUCACCGCUACUCAAUAGGGUGAGCGCAAACGGAGAGGUCGUCUAUAUCACGCUCAGUGCGUACUUGGAGGUGGAGAACUGCGGGCGGCCGGCGAUCGUGACGAAGGACCUGUCGGCCGUGGUGGUGGGCCGCGAGGCGCGCACGGGCCGCUCGCUGCGCCGCGCGCUGUUCGGCGGCCGCGCCGCGCGCGCCGACCGCCUCACCGGCGUCUACGAGCUCAGCCUGCACCGCGCGCUCGAGCCCGGUGUACAGCGACGGCAGCGCCGCGUACUGGACACGAGUGGCACGUACGUCCGCGGCGAGGAGAACUUGCACGGCUGGCGGCCGCGCGGCGACUCGCUCAUAUUCGACCACCAGUGGGAACUGGAGAAGAUGACCCGCCUGGAACAGGUGGGCCGCACGCGACACUUCCUCGCGCUGCGCGAACGGCUGCGGCACGGACACGAGAACACCGUUACACCCAACGACUUCACCAAGACGGAGAAGGAAGUAUGCAAUAUGGCUGCGAAAGCGGCAGCGGAGGGGGCGCGCGAAGAGGCCGAGCGUGAGCUUGCACCAGGCGAGAAGGAGCUAGCAAUCAAAUACAUCAAACUUAUGCAAGGUCGGAUAGGGUCAUCUGGUAAAGAGGUGGAGACAGCAGUAUCGCCGGCGACGCCCGUGGACGAAGGUGUAUCAGCAGACAUCUCCACACCUAGCCUUCUUUCUUCCAUACACAGCGCCAGCAGCUUCGAGCUGUGCUCGCCGGAGCGCGCGCUGCUGGAGAAGUCGAUGGCGGCGUGGGGCGGCGGCGGCGGCGGCGGCGGCGGCGGCGCCGGCGCGCUGUACGUGCCCGAGUGCGAGGAGGUGCGCGUGUCGGCCGCCGUGGCGCGCCGCGGCUACCUCAACGUGCUGCAGCACGGCACGCACGGCUGGAAGAAGCGCUGGCUGGUGGUCCGACGGCCGUACGUGUUCAUCUACCGCGACGAGCGCGACCCCAUCGAGCGCGCGGUCAUCAACCUCGCCAACGCGCACGUCGAGUACUCCGAGGAUCAGGAGCAGAUGGUCCGCAUGCCCAACACCUUCAGUGUGGUGAGCAAGGAGCGCGGUUACUUACUGCAGACCCUCGGCGACAAGGAGGUCCACGACUGGUUGUACGCCAUCAACCCACUACUUGCCGGACAGAUUAGUUGUCGGCACACAGGUCACGGUCGGCGCGGCGCGGCGACAAGCAGCAGCCGGCGGCCGCGCAGUUGCAGGCAGCAUGAGACAACCUCACAAUGGAGUCUAUCCUUGUUUUUUAAGUGCGUCACCGACGGCCACAUACACCAUAAGGCGAUAGCCGCCGCGCGUCCCCCGCACAGCCAUUGAAACGCCUGUAAUAUUCACUUAUUCGCUUUAGGUCACACAGUUUAAGGUACAAAACAAAAUUCUAUUAUAUAAAACAUAUUUGUGUCACUUAUUUUCUUAUAAAUGUGUAUAUUUGAAUUAUUAACAUUAUUGUUUUCAAACAUGGAUUCCGUAUUUAAAGAUAUAAUAAUACAAUUUUAACAAAGUAAUGUAAUUAUGAAAUUAUUAUUUUAUAUUUUCAAGGAAGUUAUUAAUUGAGUAAUGAAAUUCAUUCAACAUUCAAUUAGUGAUUUCUUGAUGGCUAAAAAUAUUGGGCUGUAUUGUUAAAAAUUUAUAAUACCUAAUUCACAAUUAGUACGUGUCAAAUCUCAUAUUAAAACUCAAUACAAUUGCCAACAAUUAUUAGUAUGAAAAUCACUAGUUGAACCAUUUUGAUAACUGCCUUGAAAAUUUUAGUCCUUUAUGUUUGGAGUCCGAUCCUUGUGGGGCCUAAAGUGAAUAUUGAAUAUAGAGACAUAAAGUUGGGAACUGUCUGUGCCUGGUUUGGUAGAGUGUUAUAAUAAUACGUCUUUCUAUAGUCCUAACUUUGCGUGCUCAAUGCAGCGCGAAACACUGUUUCAACUAUUUUAUAUUAAUCAUUUUUCUUUUAUCUUUAGAAGAUAUUCUAUUUCUCACAAUUUGGGACCACAAAGUGACAGGAAUUAUUAAAAAAAAAAAUAUCAACAAACAAUUAAAUUAAUUUGGCUUAUCUUUAAUUUAUUAGCAGUAUUAAAAGUGCAUUCAAUGCAAAAUACGAUUUAUACGUAAACAACAAUGUAAAUUUAUAUAUUUACAUAUAUAUUGUUAUACUGUUAUUACAUGACGGUUUAAUAUAUUUGGUGGUCCACUGUUGGGACCAAACCGGUGCACCGAAUUAACGGGAUUGGGGGUAAUAUUUACAGUGGAGUUAUACUAUGAAUUAGUGUGUAGGUCGUUUCCAUUUCUGAUGCGGAGGAUGCACGUCGUGUUUAAGGUAUUAUUUAUUACAUAUUAUAUUUUAACACUAUGGUCUUUGGACCACGAUUUUCUUAUCUAGAUAGAAAACGUAAUCAAUGAAUCUAUUUAGAUCUAUUUUGGAUUGCUAUAUCUAUUCAUAUUUUGUCUUUUACCGUUGAUGGGAAUGACGUUAUUCGAAUGAUUGUAACCGGAACCAAUAAUGAAUUUGUUUUAGAGUUGUUGAUGUUGUCAAAGUGGCAGUACGCGCCGCCUUGACGGUCUUCCCAAAUGUUAAUUGUCAUCAGAGCUGCAUAAUUGUUAAUAUUUUUGUCAAAUUUCAAGCAUCGUGGUGCAAUGACUAGAAGCGUGUUUAGUGUUUAGUGCUCUAACGGCAUAAUGUCCUAAUUGUACAAUACUUUUGUGCAAUAAUGUCUUAUAUGUGUUAUACGCACAAAGUGUAAAAUGCAAUGCCCGCACGAGGCAAUAUCUGAUAGACUCCAUUUGUAAGACAUGAAGAUGAUGUGAAAUGACAAAUUACUGAAAAUACCUAUAUAGAUUUUCCUCUAAUGUUGAAUACAAUAUUAAUGUAAUUUACCUUGUAUAUACGUAUGACCGAUUGGUAGAUUAAAUAUAUUUUGUGGCUCAAAGGCCAGAAGAUGGCGGUAGUCCGUACUCGUAUGACGUCAUACGUAACUGAUUCAUUUGACAUUUUAGUAUUGAUUGUAAAUACAUAAUGAUAAUUAAUGACAAUGUAGUUAAAUAUAGACUACGCAUAUUACAAAAAAAAAAAAAUUAUAACAAUAUUUUGUAUGCUACCGGUUUGUAGUGCAGAACAAUUUAUUCAAAUAAAUUACAUUUAAUUUAUGAUUGAUUUCCCAAAAUGCUAAAUAAUAAAGUAUUUAUUACUUGUUUCAUUGGAUUGUAUAAAGUAGGUUAAUGUGGAUGUUAAUGACGUAGUAGGUAUUUAUUUCUCGUUUCGUGUUUCUUUGUAUGUCGGCUCUUAAGAGUCGCCAUGCUCACUGGCAACCAUUCCGUUCAGGCUCUAGUCAUGUACACUCAACGUAGGUACAUUGUAUGUGAUAGAAGUAGACCCGGUAGUUACAUCGACGCCGUGCCGCGAACGGUCACCCAGUAGGAACUAGUACAUGUCUCUCUAUUUUAUGUUGUAUCCUAAUCGACAGUGCUCACGACGUCACAACGCUGUUUAUUUAUUUCAUAGAUAUUAAUAUUUAUACAGAGAUUACAUUUUGCUGUAGUUAGGUAAUAUAUGUGAGGGUAGUUUUAUAUGGAUGAUAUUCGUUUCCCUAUCUCAACGAUCUGUUGUAAGUCCAAGCAAUUCUUAAAUCUCGUUACUGCUUUUAUAAAUGUUGAAAUAAAUAAAGAUAAUUGUCACUAUACUAUCGCUUUUAGGUGACUAUUUUCUAUUCAUAAUAAAUCGAGCGUAUACAUAGAUAUAUUUAUAUCAACAUCGUAAGCUUAAGUGAUUUUCAAAUUUGUAAAUAACUUGAUUUCGUACUUAAUUGUUUACAGCAGUAAUAAAAAAAAGAUGUAAUGCUUAUUUUCUGUUACGAGUCCGACACUGGCUUACACACUCGAUCGUAGACGUAAUGUACUCUCGGCUAAACACUAGAAAAUAUCCUGAUAAUAAUUUAGCAUAGAAUAAACUAUAUAGAUGUAAGAUCAAAAAGUAUUAUCCAAAAUUAGACAUGCUGUGUGUUAUAAUGUUUCAAUUGAAAUACCUACAAUAUUAUUGAUUAUUGUCGUCGGGGUCACGGUGCAACUGCAGUUUGCAUUUCGCAAACUGUGCUUAUAUUAAUUUUCAACAAUUCAAACUGUAUUUUUGCGAUGUUUUGCUCGUAGAAUAUACGAAAGUGCAAUAUGAAUGUGUAAUAAAGUAAUGUUCAAAUUUGAAAUUAUUUUAAUGCAGUUUGCUUGUUUAUCUUAUACCCUCUAAAUUGUUAUUAUCUGUGAACAAAUAAAUAAAUCACAUGUUAUUAAAUAAUGAUAUAUUUUGUUUCUAGUCAUUUUUAUAACAUUCCAAAGUUAUAAAUUUCUUUUUGUCGGAAUAAUUAGGAUAAAAUAUUUUGCAUAGCAAAAUGAUGUUUAAGUAGUUAAAUAGUGGAGCAGAAAUCACGGGUGUGGUCGUGCGGUGGUUGUAACAAGAUGACUUCUUGUAACAUUUCGUUUGGAAAUUGAUUUGCAUAGUUUGUUUAGUUGUUAUAUUUUUGUAAUUACUAAAAGAACAUUUUAACUAGAGAUAUUGGCCGGCCGAGGCUGUAAUUAUAUAUAUUUUUAUAGAAUACUGUUUAAGCUAUGCUGGUAUUUUUAUAUGACUAGCUGUUAUUUUCUGACGUUAUGUUCUCUAUUAUUUAUAAUUUAUUUUUAAUGGAUCGUUGUUUGGAGAAGUUUUGCCGAUGGUACCGGAGCUUGUAUCUAUUUCGUUUAGUGCUUUUAUUAUUGUAUACUGAACGGUACGUGUGGGGGAGGCGCGCCGGGCGGCUCGCUGACAUGUUCGCCAACAUGCUCGACAGCGGGGCGGCACCAGCGACUCGCCCGGUCCUUGUGAUGUCGAUAGUGAUUGUUGAUUGUUGGGCGAGAAUGAUUUAUAAGAAAAUUAUAUAUUCUAUAUAUAAUUUAUCGAAUUUCAUUCAAUUUAUGAAAAUAAGAACAUUGUAAUGAUUGGUAAUAUUACUCAUUGCUCUAAAUGUACUAUCAAAAUAUAUUAUACACAGUGUUAAAGGUCAUAAAUAAAAUGCUUUGAAAAUUUCCAAA